AUGUCAGAAGGACCUAAGCAACUUGGUGACAAGAAAACAGACGAUCAACGACCAGAAGAUCCAUCCCAUCCAGGCAUGUCACCGGAUCCAGCUGAACGUGGUAAACAACUUGGUCACGAAAAUGCUCACGGUGGACAAUCUGUAGGCACGGGCGGUCAUGGAGCCGGCAGCGGUGCUGGUAGUAACCAACCAGUCGGCGGGAAACAUGUGUCAGAUCCAUCUCAAUUUUCUCAAGAACAGCUACAUCCAGGAAUGAAUCCUGAUCCAGCUGAACGAGGAAGACAAUUAGGACAUGAGAAUGCUCAUGGCGGACACUCUGUUGGUACAGGUGGACAUGGACAGUGA